AGCAUGCGUCUGUGUGCCUGCCAAGCUGGCGGUCCCUCCUGUGGACCCGCCUGGCUCUUACCUGCAGAAGCAUUCGUGCCAGGCUCUCCGUGCUAUCCUCCUCAGCAGGACCUGCAUGCAGCUUCUCUGGUCACCAGAGCUGGGAGCCUGGGCACAGCAGCCUGUCUUCAGAACUUGUCCAGCCCUCCCCAGGCAGCCAAUCUGACUCUCAGUGUCAGGUCUCCCUCAUCCACCAAGGCAUGUCCUGUCCCAGCAUCUUUUUGACAAGGAAAUGAAGACACCCAGCUGUGCUCUGCACCUGCCUUUCCAUUCUGGGGGGACUUUGGCCAGCUGACCAGGACCUCCAAGCCAGGCUGGUACUCUGUUCUUUGAAUGGCUUGUCUUCUGUGGUCACAGGGGUGAUGGGAGGCGCAAAUGAGGUCAAAGGUGUGAGGCACGAAGGUUCACUUGUGUCAAAGAUACAUCAUCCUAAGAACGCUUUCCUGGGCUCACUCAGGCUUGGCAGUCAGAGGGAGCCACGCGGAAUCCCCAGGGAGCUCCGCAGUGCCAGCUCCCCAGGCCCUGCUGGGGAAGCGGUCCGAGGUUCAACCCACAGCCAAGGCCCGGCCUGCCCUCCUUCUGAUGUCCAGCGGCAGCCGGACCCCUCCUCUGAAGCCAUGGGCCCCUCCCGCCCUGCACUCCCGUCCACGACAAAGCUCGGGCUGUGGUGGCUUCUUCUGAUCCUGGCAGCAUCCGUGCAGCAGGCCUCCCCCACCCAAGCCGAGGACCGCCUCUUCCAACACCUCUUUAGGGGCUACAACCGCUGGGCUAGGCCGGUGCCCAACACCUCGGACGUGGUGAUCGUGCACUUUGGGCUGUCUAUCGCCCAGCUCAUCGACGUGGAUGAGAAGAACCAAAUGAUGACCACCAACGUCUGGCUAAAGCAGGAGUGGAACGACUACAAGCUGCGCUGGAACCCGGCCGAGUUCGGCAACAUCACAUCCCUCCGGGUCCCUUCGGAAAUGAUCUGGAUCCCCGACAUCGUCCUCUACAACAAUGCAGAUGGGGAGUUCGUGGUGACCCACAUGACCAAGGCCCACCUCUACUCCUCGGGCACCGUGCACUGGGUACCGCCCGCCAUCUACAAGAGCUCCUGCAGCAUUGACGUCACUUUCUUCCCCUUCGACCAGCAGAACUGCAAGAUGAAGUUCGGCUCCUGGUCAUACGACAAGGCCAAGAUCGACCUGGUGCCGAUGCAGCAGACGGUAGACCUCAAGGACUACUGGGAGAGCGGCGAGUGGGCCAUCAUCAACGCCACGGGCACCUACAACACCAAGAAGUAUGACUGCUGUGCCGAGAUCUACCCCGACGUCACCUACUACUUCGUCAUCCGGCGCCUGCCGCUCUUCUACACCAUCAACCUCAUCACCCCCUGCCUGCUCAUCUCCUGCCUCACGGUGCUCGUCUUCCACCUGCCCUCCGAGUGCGGCGAGAAGAUCACGCUCUGCAUCUCCGUGCUGCUCUCGCUCACCGUCUUCAUGCUGCUCAUCACCGAGAUCAUCCCGUCCACCUCGCUGGUCAUCCCGCUUAUCAGCGAGUACCUGCUCUUCACCAUGAUCUUCGUCACCCUGUCCAUCAUCAUUACCGUCUUCGUCCUCAACGUGCACCACCGCUCCGCCAGCACCCACAACAUGCCCCACUGGGUGCGGGUGGCCUUUCUAGGCUGCGUGUCCCGGUGGCUUCUGAUAAGCCGGCCCCUGCCACCCUUGGAGCUCCGCGACCCCCCAGAUCUGAAGCUCUGCCCCUCCUACCGCUGGCUGGAGACCAACGUGGAUGCGGAGGGGAUGGACGAGGAGAAGGAAGGCAGAUGGGCACACGCGGGUCACUCGUUCCCCUUCACAGGCGUCCCUUACAGCCAUGGGGGUCUGCACCCAGGGGCCUCGGGUCCCAAGGCGGAGACCCAGUUGCCGGAGGGUGGGCCCCUGCUGUCACCUCGCAUACAGAAAGCACUGGAGGGCGUGUGCUAUAUUGCUGAUCACCUGCGGGCCGAGGAUGCAGACUCCUCAGUGAAGGAAGACUGGAGGUAUGUGGCCAUGGUCAUCGAUAGGAUAUUCCUCUGGUUGUUUAUCCUCGUUUGCUUCCUGGGGACCGUCGGACUCUUUCUCCCUCCGUUCCUAGCUGGAAUGAUCUGAUGCCACAUCGCCUGCUUUGGCCCAGACGUGGCAUAGCUGACGGUCUUUAACGGCUGCUGCCUCUGGAGUAUGCCUUCGGGGUCAACGCCAUCCAACUACAGGUGCCUUUCCGUGGCGUCCGGACACGGAAGCCUUCUUGGGAUGAUUCACUUGACAGUAUUGUACUUUGUGCUGAGAAUCUGCCGGGCACGGAGCCCUGUUUGGAUGCUGAAGAGCUGGGCCAAAAGGAACUUGCUCUGCAGAAGGUUACGACGUGGUGAUGACAACGUGAAGACGUAUAAGAUGCUCCUGGGAUGCAGACUCUGAGGGAUGCGGGUGGGGGGAACCCAGGGGUUGGGGAAGGGCCAUGAGAGGAGGCUCAGACCUCAAAGGAGGGGUGCGUAGGGAGAGAGCGCCUCAGGGGCGUGGAAGGGCUAUGAACAGCAUUUGGGAUUCAGGAACAGCCCGAAAAGGCAGGGGGGACAGCCAGGCUGAGGUGGGCUUGAGGAUGGGGAACAGAGGGAGGAGGUUGGAAGGGGAAGAGAAGGAGGAGGGCCACAAGUGGGGCGGAUGCAGGUAGCUGGGCCGUCCCACCCACCUGGAAGCUCUUGUGACAGCCCAGACUUCCCCUACCUUUAGCCCCAGCCUUCCCCGUGCAGACCCGCUCAGCACCAGCCGGCCCUCCGAGAGGUGUGGCCGCACCGAGAGUCCCCGUCUGCAGGGGCGCUAUCUGUCCUUCAAUGCGCGUGGACAAACCAGAAGGACACCCCCAGCCAUUCCUGACCCAACUCAGGCCCGCGGUGCGCUCCCCCCCC